CCUAAAAGAAAGUAUUCUCGUAAUGGCACGGGAGUUUAAGAGUUGGUCUUUUUGGCGGGCAGUAUUGGCCGAGUUUGUCGGGAUGACCCUUUUUAUUUUCAUCGGUAUCGCCUCCGCUAUCGGUAACAAGCAUAACAAAUUUCCUGACCAAGAGGUUAAAGUAGCUUUAGCUUUUGGUCUGGCCAUUGCAACACUGGCUCAGAGUUUGGGGCAUAUCAGUGGAGCCCACCUGAACCCAGCUGUUACCGUAGGAGUGUUAGUUAGCUGUCAGAUCAGCUUCUUCAGGGCCAUCAUGUAUAUUGUUGCUCAGAUGUUAGGGGCUGUUGUGGCAAGUGGCAUCAUGUUCAAAGUUAGCCCGGACCCUGAAUCAACACUGGGGCUUAAUAUGCUGAGUUACGGUGUAAAAACAGGUCAGGCGUUUGCCAUUGAGCUUUUUGCAACAUUUCAGCUGGUCCUCUGUGUGUUGGCUACAACAGAUAAGCGUCGAACCGAUGUCAUGGGCUCUGCACCUCUUGCCAUCGGGCUAUCGGUUGGUUUGGGACACCUGGUAGCCAUCAGUUACACCGGGUGCGGUAUCAAUCCUGCUCGAUCUUUCGGACCAGCUGUUGUGCUUGAAGCAUUCAAAAACCAGUGGAUAUACUGGAUUGCGCCCUUGACCGGAGGGGUGGCCGCUGCCCUUGUGUACGACUUCUUGCUGUACCCAAAGAAGGAAGGGUUUGGCAGGCGCAUGAAUGUUCUGAAAAGUGGCGAAGAACCGGAAUCGUCUGCGACUGAACCCCUAAUCGAACCAAGAACCCCCAGAUCUGGUUCUGGUCAGUGGCCCAGGCCAUGAGAUGUGAUGAGUCUUGAGGUCUAGGAGAUGAGUGACACAUUAAUCAAUUUGCUCUUGGAAUUGGAUGUUUAAAGGUAAUUGUCAUUAAGUCUGUUGUAAGGGAAACAUCAGGCCAUUGUCUUACAACAAACAAACAAACAAAUAAAGGAAACAAGGAAGGAAACGAAUUCCAGCUGUGAUUUUAUCACACUUAUCUGACCUUCAAGCUCAUGACUGGAUAUGCGUCAUCCUUUGACAGUCAGGAUUUUAUGUUAUUUUGCCACUCUUCUGACGUAUGCAGACGUAAGAAGACCAUGUUUGUAAAAUUUAAACGCAAUCCCAAAUGCAGAUGGUGAUGCGGAAAACAUCCCUGAUCUGCUGGCUUUGAAAUAUAUAGGCAUCUGGUAAAUACAACCCAGCACAAAGGUUAAUUUCAUAUAUUGAUCAAACUAAUGGACUGAAAUAACUGAAUAUGGUCUACUUAUAAAAAAAGAUUUUUGUAUUAUUUUGACCUUUUGUCCUUAUUUUUGUGAUUUUAAAGAGCGUGGUUUAGACUUUAGAUGUGCU